CGUCACUACUCCAACAUGGCAGCCUCCUAUUUCAAAACAACCCUGUAGCUGACUAAUAUUUGUUCACAUUUUAAAGUUUUAAUAUUGAGGAAAUUUUGGAAUAUUUAAUUUUGCCCUUGAUGUUUAUGUGAGAGCAUUACAAUUUUUUAUUUAAUAAAAAAAAAUAUGAACAGCUGUUGACUACGCCCACUUUUAUUCUUCCUUUGAAGUAACAUAAAGUUUCGCCUGAGUUGUCUGCUACUAAUUCACUAAGUGGAAUUAUUUAAGUUAUUUAAUUUUAAGUCUAAUAAAUACUUGUAUAAUACUGACUACAAAUUCUAUUUGGCUAUGUCAUCUCUUAUCAUAAAAAAUUACUUCUGUAGCUCAUAAUACCAGUCAAAUUAUAAACUAGUCUUAACUAGUGCUAUGAAAUGAAAUGAAAACUAGAAGAAAAAAAAAGUAAACAAACUUAUCAAACUAUGUUAUGAUGAAGUAAUGAAGUGAAUGUCUAUUCUGUAUUCGGUCUAUGACUAAGUUAGCAAUGCCUCUAACUUCCUGUAACUAAAGACUUAAUUAACUUAGAGUUUGAAUUAGAGAUAAGAGACAGCUGGAAAAUAUUAAAACUAAUUGCCAGAAAAUAAAAUAAAUAUUAAAUUUAGACAAUGUUAGGCUUUAGGCAAGGCACUAACUCUAAUAAAUAUAUAUCUGAUACUGACAAGAAAAAUAAUUCAUGUUAAGUUUCGUUACAAUUAGAAUAAUGAUUUAUGUGGGCCUGUGUUUGAAACUGAAAGUUUUAUUAACUUAAUGGACUAAUCUGUCACAUAAAUUAGCCAUAAAAAGAUCAUUUAUUUAUCUUGUAAAACAUACAAAAUAUAAUUAUAUAUCAUUUGUGACACACUAAUUCUUUUUUUUUGUGUGACUCUUCAUACAUUUUUUGCAUCAUGUACCAUUUUGAAUUAUGCAAAAUAUAGAUGUUUAUAAUGUGCUCAUUCAAAAUAAUUAUCAAAAACAAUAUAUCUACAGGUGUUUAUCAAGACAUUUCUCCAGAUUUUCACUCAGUUGUUAAUUAAUCUUGACUUUGAAAAUUCAAGCCCCUUAAACCAUGGCUAAUCAGGGACAAAACAAUCCAGCUUUGGCUAAGAAACUCUUAGAUAGUAUGCAAAAUGAUCUUCGAACCUUGUCUGCUGAAUGUAAAAGGAAGCACCCUGAAGUGAAAGAGGUACCUUUUACAUGAUUUUAAAAAUUAAUAAAGUCAUAUAUUAUUUCAUAGUUAUUUUUAAAUGGCAGGGGAAAAUGUAAAAAUUUUACAACCCACGCAGCUCUCGCCUACUGUAGCUAGAGUUUAUGACGUCAGGGGUGGUCCUCGAUUUUACUAUCCACACAGCUCUCCCCUACGUGAAGAAGAUAUUAGGUUAAUGUUUUAUCUUCAACAUGUGCUUUCAAAAAUGUUUAUGUAAGCAUUGAAAAAAUGAAAACUAGUCCUCACAAAAAAAAAAAUGAUUGGAUAUAUGAUUCAGCUUAAUAUUUUUUUUAUAUCUCACUACAUUUUAUUUAUCAACAUGAUAUGUAAAAAUUAAGCUAGAAGUUCUAAAUAUCAAGUUUUAUGGACAUUUAAUUUGUGAAAUAAAGUAGGGAGUUACAAAAAUUUCUUUCUCAAUCAUUUGUUAAAGAUGGAAUACAUUUUCAGUGUGCUGAAAUGGUGCAAGUGAGGUUACGCACGAUUUCUACAAAGAAUGAAGACAUAAUUGCUGGUAUGUUGUUAGAAUUUAAUAAUAUAUAUGUUUAAAAAAAAUUGGAUGAAAGGUUAAAGUAAAAGGGAACUGUUUUUUAAUUUUUUUAAAUGAAAAAUAUGAAAAAUAAAAAUUGAAAAAUUGAAAAUUAUUAAGAAAAAUAACCACCAUAAACAUGCUAUUUUUAUCUCCUAGGCCUGUUGUCAAUCAGCACUGAUGUCAUUCAUCCUUUUGUUCUUGGAUGUGACACCAAAAACCCCAAGCUUUUACCACUUUGUCUUGUUGCAGUACAAAGAAUGAUAUCCAAUGAAGCUGUUUCGACGGUUUGUAAAUAUAUAUAAAUUUCGUCCUUAAAACUUGUGAGAUAGCUUGCCAGUUUAAUAACAAUUUUGUUAAAAGCUUGAGCAGAAUAAAGGUUUGGAUUAGCUCUGGAGUUUAUUCUAAUACUGCUAUAUGAUAAAAUAAAUAUUAGUUUUACAUCUCAGGCAUUUGAGUAAGAAAAAUGUUGACAAAAACAUGAUGAAAGUUGGCGUCAAGAAAAGGGUCGUAGCCAUAAAAUAAAAAUGGAACACAUUUACUGUUAGAUCAAGAGAAAUAUUCUUAAAAUUUUGCUAAAACUGCUGAGCUGAACUGUUAACUGAUACUAGUGCUAAUAAAAAAUAUUUUGCCAAUUGGUAUACAAAUGUUUGAAAAUUUUAGUAAUUUGACAUUUGUGAAUUAUUUUUUCAUAUUUAUUAUUGCAUUGCUGUUGUUAACAAAUUAAAAAAAUGAUUUGAUUCCAAAUUUAUAUAGAAGUAAUUUAAUAGAAAAGUACAUUCAAUUUCCUUUCCAUUGAUAUGCAACAUUUGGGGUCUAUCUCUUAUAUGUAUAUUGGAAUUUAGAUUUAAGUUUAAUAGUGGUCUUGUUUUUGUUCUGUGUCUGACACUGCUUGGUGAAACCAUGGAAAUACCUCCUGGGAGCCAAAGUGCUAACAGUAAAACUAUUGAUAACCAAUGAGUAACCUAAAAAAUUUCUCUUUUAAAGGAAGUAUGAAAAAUAUUGAGAAGACAGCAUUCAAGCUGUGUGAAGGGAAAUCUUGAGAACAAGAUAUAAAUAAUUCCUUAAAAUACUAUUUUUAUUCUGUUGAUUGGCUUUCGUAACGUUGAUUUUUUUACAUGGCUGGGUUGUUAACCCUGUGCACAACCAUCUGGGGGGUUGCCCCUUACAGCUCUCUGGGUGGCUACCUUAGUUUUUGGGUAAGGUUCCCUAGCCUUUGUGGAUCCCUCCACUUCCUACAAGGUAGUAGGUUCUGAUUUUGGUCCGCCCCAGGUAUUUUAUUUCCCUGGUACCCUCCAUAUCUGGUGGGCUUUCCCCUAUCCGCCACCUGGGGAGGUGCUUGAUGGAAGAUCAGUAUCUCCACACAAAAACAUUACAAGAGAAACAAAGAAAACUAUUUAUAAAACUGUAAUCAGACCAGUUGUAACAUAUGCAAGUAAAACUUGGACCCUAACAAAAACAGCAGAAAACCUAUUAAACUCAUGGGAUAGGAAAGUUCUUAGGAAAAUAAAUGGGCCUACAAAGGAUGAAUGAAUGGAGAAUACGAACCAACCAUGAAUUAUACAGUCUAUAUCAGGAUCCCACGAUAUUAGCAGAAAUAAAAAGAGGCAGGUUACGCUGGGCAGGACACCUAGAGAGAAUGCAAAAUGACAGAGGAACGAAGAGGGUGCAUCCCCAAUACCCUAGAGGAAAAAGGCUCAAAGGCAGACCUAGGCUUAGGUGGAUAGAUGAUGUGGAAAAAGAUCUACAGCAGCUGAAAAUCCAAGCAUGGAAAAGAAAGGCAUUAGUUAGGUCUGAGUGGAAGGAAGUGGUGAGGCAGGCCAAAGCCCUACAUGGGCUGUAGCGCCACAGGGAUGGAUGGAUAAAAUAGUAUUUACAUUGUGUGUAUUUUGAAAUUUAUCUUCAUUUUCCUGUCCCAUUUUUUUUUGUAAUUCAAAACCUUUCAAAACUAUAAAAUUAAUCUGACAUGCUUAGAUGGGGAAGACUAUUUACAAUCUUGCUUGUCAAAAAAAAAAUUUGAAUGAAUGCUAAAUGCAUAUGAAAACUAAUAAUUUCUGUGUCAUAAUUUUUAGAGACAUAGCAAACUGUUUAUUCCAAUAGAAUGAAGGAACUCAUUUUUAUAAAUUUAGUAAUUUUUAUGACAAACUUAGCAAUGAAUUUAAGAUUUCCAUUACAGUAUUUACACUUUAUUUUUAUUGGGUUGCCUGUUCAAUAGUUGUACUGCGUUUGUCUAAUAAAUAAAAAAGAACACAUAACAUGUACAUUUCCUUUGCUUCCAGGCUGCAGCAGAUUCCAUUAUUGGCAUGUUAUGGCACUUGAUGGAGGCUGGGCUGGAAGAACUCAAGUUGCUACAGACAGCUAUAUUACUUCUGACCAUUAAUUCUGUGGUACAACAUGAAUCUCUUGCUAAGGUUUGUAAUUCUAUUAACUUUCAGGUACUGCAAAUUUACUUAGGUAUAUUUUGUAAUUCUUUAUAUUUUUUUUACUGGCACAAAAUAAAUUGCUGGUUAUGAUUUGUAAUUCUAUAAUUACUAUAGACAUGAAUCAAGAAAAAAAUUGACCCUCUUCCCAUCAACCUAUCCUGGUGAAACUUGGCACAUAGACUUGAUGCCAAUGACAAAACAUUCUUUCCAAUUUUCAGCCCAGCCCCUCCCCCCAAAAAUCAGUUUUCCUGUUUUUCAAGGGGAGCGUGAAGGAAAUAUGAUGACACUGAUUUCACAAAAUAAAAUUCCUGAUAACUGAGCUAAAUUAGCUAAAUAAAAUUUAAAAAAAAAAAAUAUUGCAAGUGUGUUAAUAUUUUCAUUAGUUUUUCUGAAAUAGUGAAAUAAAUCUGCGGGUAAAAGCAGUUGGGUCAUUAGAAUAUUAAUAUAGUUCAGGAGCGUGAAAAAAAUGUGCAUUUGUGAGCCUUGGGUGGAACUAAUUGUGAUUCUUAUAAAGUGCGUUACUUGUGCCGGGUAUGAAUAUUUUGUCAAAUUGUCAGCCCCACCCCUCAUUGCUUCAAAUAACAUUUUACAAAGGAUUUGUACUAAAAACUUGUUUUUCCGGGUUGUUUAAUUAUACUGCUUAUUAGUAGUUAGUGUAUACUUUUGAUCUAACGUCGGGCAAAAGUAAAUAUCGACUAAUACAGCUUUCAACAUAGCCACAUAAUCAUUUAUACUUACCUUGAACUGUCAUAUCAUCUAUUUAUUAAGAAAACAUUGUUUAAAUUCGUAUUUUAGUUGAAACAGUUGAUACAUUCCGCUCUUGUUCGCAGGCUCUAGUACUUUGCUUCCGCCUUCACUUUACCAAAGACAGCACAACCAUCAACACAGCAGCUGCAGCGAUCAAACAACUUGUGUCCGCCAUCUUUGACAGGGUGGUCAUAGAAGAUAAAAUACCAACAUCAGGUAAUAACCAUCUUGUGGCACCAGGUGGUAGGAGCAGGUAGUGGGACCAGGUGAUGGGACCAGAUGUUGGGACCAGGUGGUGGGACCAGGUGAUGGGACCAGGUGAUGGGACCAGGUGAUGGGACCAGGUGGUGGGACCAGGUGGUGGGGCCAGGUGGUGGGACCAGAUGGUGGGAGGGAGAAUGCAAACCGAGAAGAAAAAAUGUGUUUGGGUAAUUGUCCAGAUUUGUACAAUGGCAGUAAGGGAAUAUGUUUUUUUUAAAACCUCAUGAAUUUUGGUAAUAACCUGCUUAAUAUGUAGAUAAUUGCUGUGUGAAUGAGAUAUGGACAAUUGUUGUGAAGGAGAUAUGGACAAUUGCUGUGUGAAUGAGCAUUGGACAAUUGUUGUGUGAAGGAGAUAAGGACAAUUUUUGUGUGAAUGAUAAUUAGACAAUAACUGUGCGAAGGAGAUAUGGACAACUGCCAUGUGAAUGAGAUGAAGGAUAUAUGGACAAUUGCUGUGUGAAGGAGAUACGGAUAAGUUCUGAAUAAAAUUCUUGAGAGAAAAUAUUCACCUGCCAGAUGAAAUGUUUAAGGCGAGCGGCAAGAAUGGACCCUAUUUGGAACCAGGAAAUAAGUUGAAUGGGGUGCCAUCCCAAUCAGACACUAUUUGGCAAUGAAAAAAAAAUUAAUUGGUUUGGCCAUCUGGUCAGCCAACAUGAAUUGCAACCAUACAAUAGCAGGCAGGGGAAGAUCAGGCAGUUGGAGUAUUGACUGUGUUAAGGAAACCCUAAAACUCCAUGACCUGAACCCACACCUUGUGGCAAUCCAUCAGCUAUACGUCCCCACGACAGCUCCAUGGUAAAAGCAGAGAGAAGGAGAAACUUUAUUAUGUGGUUGUCAUGUCGUUGAUUGCUGACAAACAGUAGAUUUCAAUAAUUUGAAUAAUAAUUUUAUUUGUUAGCAUUCACUGGAAAAUAGCAAAUUUAGCUUUCAGCUAUUGAUGACUGGCGGCCCAGAGAGACUUCAGAUGGGUUUUUCUAUAAAUAACUAAAGGUUAAGAGUUGUACAUUUUUCUGGCUGACCCAUGUUUCAUCGCUGUUGUGAGUUUUAUAUUUAAUUUUAAACAAUAAUUGACCAAAACAUUUAUGUGUGUUUUAUUUUGUGAAAACCAGUACCAAAGGAAUCUGUUAACCUUGAGGAGCUGAAAGCAGGCAGCAGGAACCCACCAAAAUCACUUCGACCUUGUGCCGGAGAUGCCUACCUGCUUUUUCAGGUAAAUUUCUCUCUAGUGCAUUUGUCCAAGGGAAACUAAAUAAUGAGUGCUUUUGUUGGGUUUUUAAAUUUUGAAAAUUAACAAUGUUUUUAUAUUCAUGCUAGUCUUACCAGCUGGAUUCCCCCCCCCCCUUCUUUUUUUACAAAUCAUCCUUUAUAACACCCAGAGCUUCUUAAACAUUCUAGUUUUUUUUUUCUUGAUUCUUAUUACUUUUCAAUCUUUUUAAACCUUUUGUAGACCAUCAAUUUAGAUCUAGUCCAUUUUAAAUGGUUUAGAAUAGCUGUUUUCUUUUUUUUUUUAGAGACGAAUUUGGUUGCUAAUUUAUCCCAUAUCACAGGAUUUGUGUCAGCUGGUGAAUGCUGACCAACCAUUUUGGUUGAUGGGGAUGACAGAAAUGACUCGGACUUUUGGCCUGGAACUUUUAGAGUCAGUCUUAACCAGCUAUCCCACAAUUUUUUCACAGGUAAACAAAUAAUAAUCUUUACAUUCUAUCAAAUAAGUAUUUUUGUUUAAAUUAAUUUUAAAAAUAUUGUUUUUGACCUCACGCACUGUCAGGUAUUAUAAGCAAUUUAAUAGACAAUAUAAAUUUGAUUCAGUUAUUGCUUCAGUUUUUUCUGAUCUCAUCUUAAGUAUAGGAAAAGGCCGAUGUAUUUCAUUAAUAUGGUUAUAUUUAAAUACUAAUUUUGAUAUUAAACAUAUACUUCUGUAUACAAAUCUUUGACAAUUAUUUUUAAUCUAAAAUUGUUACAUUGAUAAAAGAAAUAUUUUAAAUUGCAAAACUAAAAUUUAAAAUUAAUUUUUAGAUGUUUCUACUCUCAAUUUUUAAAAAUCUGGAAAUUCCUGACAAUUUACAUUUGAGUUUCAUUGACAUGCCACUUUGGAUAUCUCUCAGCACCAGGAGUUUAGCUUUAUGCUGAAAGAAAGAGUUUGCCCGCUGGUGAUCAAAUUGUUCUCUCCAAGCCUGAAGUAUCGCCAAGGGCUGCCGCCAGCUCCAUCGCCCGCUCCUGUAGAAAAACCCUUCUUCCCUAUUGUGAUGAGACUUCUUCGUAUUGUUGCUGUUCUCAUCAAGAGCUAUUAUCCGUUGUUGGUGAGAUAUCCUGAAUCAACUUAGUAAAUACUGGAUAACAUCUAAAAUAGCUUACAAAUUAAUUAUCAGCUGAUGAUAAGUUGUGAGUUGUAAGAUUCUAUUGAUAUGUUAUGAAUAGCUUGCUCACAUUGUUCAGAAGGAAGUUACAAGAAUUAGAAAGCAAAGGAAUACUAGUUUCUAUAUAAUUUUUAUAUUCUGAAAGGUUUUUUGGGUAACAAAAAACAAAACAAAAAUCUAAUACUCCAAAUGUGUUCAAGAGAAACUUUAGACUUUUAAAUUUUGAAACCCAAUGGUUUUGCCUUCUUCUAAAUUUGGUUUGAGAUGAGCUUUGUCUGUUACCAUAGUGAGAAUCAAUUAAUAAGGUAUUUGAGAACUUUAAAAAUAUUGAAGUUUUACAAGUCAAGCCAUUGCACUGAAAACUUAUUUUGUGUGGAGCACUUCAGCUUACAAACUGAACCUUUUAUCACAGGUGACAGAAUGUGAGAUCUUCCUUUCACUACUGGUCAAAUUUUUGGACCCUGAAAAGCCAAUAUGGCAGCGAUGUCUGUCAUUGGAAGUUCUUCACAAACUCUCAGUUCAACCAGAGUUGAUCAAGUAA